AUCUGGGAAAGAUGGAAGCUUUUCUCAGCUUUCUUCCCCUGCUUUGUCUCCUACUGAUGAUGUACCCUUAUCCUUCUUCUUCACUACCCAUGUGUACCAACUUCAGGGCACCUGUGAUUGGAAAAGGAAGUUUGGCAUUUUGUCCCUAUAAGGGAAGGGUGUGUUGUGAUUCAGCCAAAGAUUCAGCACUCCAAAGAGAGUUUGAAGCUAUGGAUAUCUCAGAUCCCAACUGUGCUUCUGCUAUCAAAUCAAUUCUUUGUGCUACAUGUGAUCAGUUCUCGGCAAAUCUAUUCACGGUUGAAUCACAGUCUCGUUCGGUUCCAGUUCUUUGUGACUCUCCUAAAUCAGUAGACUCCGCUUUGUUGAAACAAUCUGAGAUUAGUUUCUGUACGAGUGUAUGGGACACAUGCCAAAACGUCUCCAUGCGAAAUUCCCCAUUUGCCCCUUCACUACAAGGUGCUGGCGGAUUGCCACAAAACACCUCAUCUAAGCUUACCGAUCUCUGGCAAUCAAGAAACGACUUCUGUACUGCAUUUGGUGGUCCACCAGAUGAAACGACUGUGUGUUUCAAUGGGAGACCAAUACUGAUGAACUCGACCCAAAUCCCGGUUCCACCAAGAGGCAUGUGUCUUGAGAAGCUUGGGGAUAAAGGGUAUAUCAAUAUGGCGGCUCAUCCAGAUGGGUCGGAUAGGGCCUUCUUCUCAGACCUGCCAGGAAAAAUAUGGCUCACAACUAUUCCUUCACAUGGUUCUCGAGAACCAUUGGGGUUAGAUGAAUCUAGCCCUUUUGUAGAUUUAACAGAUCAAGUUAAGUUUGAUACCGUGUUUGGGUUGAUGGGGAUCGCAUUUCAUCCAACAUUUAAUGAAAAUGGCCGUUUCUUUGCUUCGUUCAAUUGUGACAAAGAGAAGUCAUCCACGUGUUCAGGAAGAUGUGGUUGUAAUUCUGAUGUGGGUUGUGACCCUUCAAAAAUAACGAGCUCUGGCAGAGAAGAACACCCAUGCCAGUAUCACAAUGUUGUUGCCGAGUACACAGUUAAUGGGACAGCAUCGGAUCCUACAAAGGCAACAAAAGGGAAACCUACAGAAGUGAGAAGGAUUUUUACGAUGGGGCUUCCAUUUACAAAUAAUCAUGGUGGUCAGAUUCUUUUCGGGCCAGCUGACGGUUAUCUGUAUAUAAUGGUGGGAGAUGGUGGAGGCACAAAUGGUCCUUUUGGGUUUGCUCAAAAUAAGAAGUCCUUGCUCGGAAAGAUCAUGAGGGUGGAUGUAGAUACGGUACCUAAAGAAGUGGAUGACCUGAAUCUAUGGGGAAAUUAUUCAAUUCCUCCUGACAAUCCCUACUCUGAAGAUAAAGAAUUGUUGCCUGAAAUAUGGGCGUUGGGACUCAGAAAUCCAUGGCGUUGUAGCUUUGAUUCAAAAAGGUCUUCUUACUUCCUAUGUACAGAUGUUGGUCAGGAUCGUUAUGAAGAGAUUGAUGUUAUUACCAAGGGUGGCAACUACGGGUGGAGUAUAUAUGAAGGCCAUCUUCCUGUUAACACUCAACAAUCUUCGAAAGGAAAUAGAUCUGAUACUACUACAGAUCUUAUCUUUCCAGCAAUGGGGUAUAACCACUAUGAUGUAAACAAAAAGGAGGGUUCUGCAGCAAUAUCAGGCGGGUAUUUUUAUCGUUCUACCACGGAUCCAUGCAUGUAUGGCAGUUACCUGUAUGCAGAUCUGUACGCCACUGCUUUAUGGGCAGCAGCUGAAACUCCAACAAACAGCGGGAACUUUACCACCACUUCAAUCCCUUUCAGCUGUGCACGUGAUUCUCCAUUAGAGUGCAACUCUGUACCAAACACUAACUUGGCUGCUCUGGGUUAUAUAUACUCGUUUGGAGAAGAUAACAAGAAAGACGUAUAUAUCUUGGCGAGCACAGGAGUUUACAGGGUAGUUCGCCCAAGUCGCUGUAAUUACAGUUGCACAAAGGAAAAUGCAACACAAGUUGAAACUCCUCGUACUUCUUCACCUUCUUCAAGUGGCACUCACCUCACUAGCCAAUGUGUGGAGUUUGUGCUCUACGUCUCUUUGAUACUAGUAUUGGUAGGACAUAUGCUGUAAGUGUUGAAACAAAGAGUAUCAAGGACCAUGCUUUUAUAUAUAUACAUAAUUUCAUUCAGCUUG